CUGUCUUACACCACACCCCUCCUCAAUUGGACAUGAAUAUUCCACCUUGUUCCAAGCUAUCAACUUUUAAACCUGACCCGAACUUGGUUCUUCGUGGAUCACGGACCAAACUCUCCUGUCUCAAGAUCCUCAACAACUGAUCCCGAUUGCUUUUCUCACAAACUACGUCACGAUUGAUUUCUUUCUGUGCGUUGGACGUUUCCUAUUUUUUGUUGAACCGCCUCUUUUGAGUCUCCUUUCUUGUUUCUGUCAACUGCAGUAUUCUAUCAUAGCACACUUUGAAUCGGCCCUUCAUCACAGCCCAAAAAAUUGUCCGCUUCUCUGUUCACAUGAUGCUCAUACUAUAAUUCUCCACUUGAGCAGACGAUUUCCUUUUAUUUAUCAGGUACCAACGGUUCUCACUUGAGGCUUAAAAACUGCCCUUGUCAAUACCCAUUUCAGCAGCCUAAAGGUUGUAGAGCAAUCAUUACGUCAGAGUGAGCGCUCUACUUUACUGGCUGCAUUUCCUCACAUUCCCUGUCUGUCUAUGCACCCAUCCAAUUCAUCCAGACAACCGCACUCCAGUCCAGACCAUUUCGAAACUGACAGGGCUACUUUAUAGGUUGAUCCUUUACUGGAAAAUACCUCUCAAACAAAUUCCUUUAUUAAUUGUCGAUCAACCCCCGGCAACAGAAAAAAAAAAGGAGCUGUUUAAGCAACGAUCUCGGAGCUAUCCAAGCUUGAUCAACCGUGCAACAGUAUAACCACCUGACGAAUCUCACGACACGGAGCAACAGCGGCCAUAUCGGAGAUUUUCUCGUCCAAAUUACAUUUGGUCUUUUUGGUUUCAUUUAUCAACGUUGCAGAUUCCCUUCUUUCUGCCGUGCGCAUUCAACCAUUUGCGGUGCCAUUCGCCACUUUCGGCUCGAUCUUACAGCUGAGCGCAUCUGCGACAAAGAGGCGUUUUGCCUGUGACAAGCUACAUCCCUCAACAAAACUCGAUUCCUCUGCCACUCGUAUUUCCAGUUCUACAUCCACAUGAAGUCGUCAUACGAGAGAAUUCAAUAGUAUCUCGACCAACUUGAUUCUCGUUAACCUUUCACAUCAACCAAGACUCGAACUACAAGGACAAGAACUCUACACCAACAAAUUAGCUUCUUGAGCAAUUCUCACACAAAACUUCAGCCAAAAUGACGGUCUUUGUGUGUUCUCUCUUCCUCCCCAAGACAAUUCACUUCACCCUCCCCGGUACACCUCCUCUCGGCGCCGAUCCAACUCGAGCUUCAUUGUCCGGAUCCUCAAACCCCAAGCCUACAAAAGCUGCUACUCUUCCUCCCAAGCCCAAACCUGCUGCUCCAACCGGUGGUCGACCUGCGCCUCUAGCUCGCCAACCGAGUCUUUUCCAGAAAGAGGAUAUAACGCCUCCUCAUACACCGACCGAAGAGACUGAUUCCAAUUUGUUCGCGAACGAAGAUGGAUUCAGAAUACAAUUUCCUCAUGGCGCUAGCUCCAGCAUUGAGCAUGCAAAGACCUGGGGCAGCCGCGCCAACCAGCCGAAGUCUCGCGCCAGCUCUCCUCCUCCCUCCGCUUCCCUCUCCGAGAACAAUCGAACAAUGCAAAAGGCCCGUGAACUUGGUCGUCAGGGAGUUCUUCAACCGAGAUCUCUAGUUAGAAGCGACAGCCACGAUCGAGUCUUUGCCUCAGCCGGCUGGAUGGUUGUUAAUGCCGACCAGGGCAAUGGUGGUCUUCGCAAUGCUGCUGAUGCCGCUGCUCGCGAUGGCAAGAUUGACGAUAUUACCUGGGUUGGCACUCUUGGUAUGCCCACUGAUGCCCUUGAAGGCACACAGCAGAAAGAGGACAUUGAGGCUGUUCUAGCGAACGAACAUAACAUGUUGACUGUCUUUUGUUCCGAUAAGGAUUUUGAUGGUCACUAUGCUCAUUUCUGCAAGCACAUCCUGUGGCCUGUCUUCCAUUACCAGAUCCCCGACAACCCCAAGAGCAAAGCCUACGAGGACCACUCGUGGAAGUACUACGUCAACGUUAACCAGGCCUUUGCCGACCAGAUUGUCAAGAACUGGAAGCGAGGUGAUGUCAUCUGGAUCCACGAUUACCAUCUGCUUCUUGUUCCUGGAAUGGUCCGCAAGAAGCUCCCUGAGGCCAAGAUUGGCUUCUUCUUACACGUCGCUUUCCCUUCUUCUGAGGUCUUCAGAUGCUUGGCUGUCAGGAAAGAGCUUCUAGAGGGUAUGCUCGGUGCCAACCUUGUUGGCUUCCAAAUUCACGAGUACGGACGUCAUUUCCUCCAGACUUGCAGUCGUAUCUUGAGUGCUGAGGCUACACCGGAUGGUCUUCAGCUUGAAGAUCGAUUUGUCGAUGUCAUUCACCUUGCCAUUGGUAUCGAUCCUGUCAGUCUUCGUGAGCAUCUUGACGCCCCAGAUGUUGCAAAGUGGCUACAGGUUCUGCAGGAGCGAUACAAGGGCAAGAAGCUCAUUGUUGCUCGUGACAAGCUUGAUCACGUCCGUGGUGUUCGUCAGAAGCUUCUUUCUUACGAACUCUUCCUUAACAAGAAUCCUCAGUGGCGCGAGAACGCUGUUCUCAUCCAAGUCGCCCUUUCAUCCAACGAAAAGAGUGAUCUCGAGGCCACCGUUAGCGACAUUGUGACCAGAGUCAACUCAUCGUGGGCCAACCUGGCUUAUCAGCCAGUGGUAUACCUCAAGCAAGAUAUUGACUAUGCUCAGUACCUUGCUCUGUUGACCAUUGCCGAUGCGCUCAUGAUUACCAGUCAACGUGAGGGUAUGAACUUGACAUCCCACGAGUAUCUUUUCUGCCAAGAUGGAAAGCUUUUGCCGGAGAAGAAGCACGGUUCUCUGAUUCUCUCCGAAUUCACCGGAACUUCUUCCCUCUUCGCCAAGAAUGAACUUGCUGUGAACCCUUGGGAUUACCGACAGUGCGCCGAUGCUAUCAAGCAGGCUUUGGAAAUGGGCGAGGAAGAGAAGGAUAGACGAUGGGAGAAUCUAUACAAACGUGUCAACGGCCACACCGGCUCUCAUUGGUUCACCGAGUUUCUUGGUCGCCUGGAUAUUGUGUAUGAGGAGCAGCACAAGCGCGAUCAGACAUCGGUUCCUCGAUUGUCGAUUCCCGCCCUAUCUAACAAAUACCUGAAGGCGGAGCGUCGACUUUUUAUCAUUGACUAUGAGGGUACGUUGGUAGCUUGGGGCCCUGUCAACCAGAUCAUUCCCAUCAGCCCCCAGCGAACACUUGAUGUAUUGAACGACCUGCUCCUUGACGAGCGCAACACUGUCUACGUCAUGUCUGGCCGACGACCUGAGGAGCUUGAUAGAGUCUUUCGCCGAGUUCCUAACCUGGGCCUGAUUGCUGAGAAUGGAUGCUUUCUCAAGGUCCAUGGCAGCGAUUCGUGGACUGAGAUGGCUGAUCUCGAACACGUCAAGGAUUGGAAGGAGUCAGUGCGGCCUAUCAUGACAUACUACCUCGAGCGAACCCCUGGUGCUGAGAUCGAGGAGCGUCGCUGCAGUCUGAUUUUCCACUACAAGAGCGCGGAGGACUAUGAGUCCGCUUCACGACAGGCUUCAGAUUGCGCCAGUCACGUCAAUGAUGCCUGCGAGUCUCAGCGCGUCCAUGCUAUUGCCCUGGACGGGUGCAUCGCUGUUGAGCCUAUAGAUUGGACUAAGCGAACCGCUGCCAGGCAGGUGUUUGAGACUCUGAAGACGGAGAUGAGCUCUACACAAGAGCACAAGACACCCGUUGACUUUUUGAUGGUCAUCGGCGAUGGACGAGAGGAUGAGAAGGUCUUUAAGUGGGCAAACAGACUUCAAGACGACGGAUCAGUACAGAACGUCGUCACCGUCAGUCUUGGUAACCGCAACACCGAAGCAACAGCCACCCUUACGCAGGGUGUCAGUGGCGUCCUCUCUUGUCUCCAGCGUCUCGCUUCUCUUGACUCCUGACUACAGGCUUAUUGUGGCAUUAUUGCGUGUUAUUGCAUUUGUCUUUGUGCCGUUGGCGUUGGGUCAGCGGGCGCAGGGGAAUUAAAACGAUCGUCACGUCUAGUAACUCGACGACACCAAAAGAGUAGUUCUAUAUGAGUUUCGUUUUACAGUUUUUUUGUUAGAGUCGUUAGAGUCGUUAUGAUGGGUAUGGGCUACAAUGAGGAAUGGUUUCAUUAUUAGGGACUCUCGCGAGUAAAUGGUUUCUUACACACUCUACUCUCAUUCGUAUUUCUUUGCAUGUUUCAUCUGGACUGAUUAAAGCGAGUCUGCUAUCAUACAGAAGAUAUAGAAAAUGAAUAGAAGGAUAUAACUUCAUCCAUCCCAAUUGCUAUACGCCUCCCGCCGUUUCCGAC